AUGGUGUCAUCCUUGACGUCUGUGGCCGGUGUGACGGCGCUCCUAGAGGAGCAAGAUCCGAAACUGCAGGCUUACGCCCUGCAGAAACUGAACUCGCUAGUGGACCAAUUUUGGGCCGAGCUGGCCGAUUCGGUGGCGCGUAUUGAAGAGCUGUACGAAGAUGAAUCGUUCCCUGAGCGUCAGCUGGCUGCGUUGGUCGCCUCCAAGGUAUACUUCUAUCUUGGAGAAAUGGAAGAUGCGCUUAGCUUUGCUUUGGGUGCGGAAGCCUUAUUUGAUGUUGAGCAGCGUACCGAGUAUGUUGAGACUGUGGUCUCCAAGGCCAUUGAUCAAUACAUCGAACAGCGCAGUGCCAGUCCCAGCGACGGUUCUACUGGGAAAGGUGAUACAAGUGCGCGUCUUGCUGCGAUUGUAGACAAGAUGGUCCAGCGUUGUAUGACGGGCAAAGAGUACCGCCAAGUGUUGGGUAUUGCGUUGGAGGCACGUCGCCUGGAUAUCAUUCAGCAGGUCUUUGAUUCAACGCAGGACCGUGAGUUAUUGGUCUACGUGCUGGAAAUGGUCAUGAGUGUUGUGCACGCACGCGAUGUGCGCCGUCAGGUCCUUGAGCUGCUUGUGCAACUUUUCCCCUCGCUAAGCGAGCCUGAUUACUUCUCGACGGCGCAGUGUUACGUGUACCUCAAUGAGCCGAAGCGUGUCUCAGAGCUUUUGCGCUCAUUGCUAGACAAGGCCACCUCUGAUGAACGCUCUUUGUUGAUUGCGUACCAGACUGCCUUUGAUCUCGUGGAAGGUGCCACGCAGGAGUUCUUGCAUCAUGUGCAGACUGAUUUGCAGGCUACCGCUGGUAAUAUUGCCAAUGCUGAGCAAGUGGUGCGUAUCUUGCAGGGUGAAGAGUCGAUCCGUCUCUUCCGUGCAUUCCUGCACCGUGCGAAUCACGCCGACUUGGCCAUUUUGAAGUCGACCAAGGAUGCGCUCGAUGCCCACUACAGUGCAUACCACUCUGCUGUGAGUUUGUCCAAUGCCUUCAUGCAUGCAGGUACGGGCAGUGACCAGUUCCUGCGCGAGAAUCUUGAAUGGCUUGCGAAGGCCUCCAAUUGGAGCAAGUUUACUGCCACAGCGGCGCUCGGUGUCCUGCACCGCGGAAGUCUGCAAGAAAGCAUCUCGAUUUUGCAGCCGUACCUCCCGCCCGAGGGUGGCGCAGCGUCUACGAGUAUCUACUCCGAGGGCGGUAGCUUGUUCGCUCUGGGUCUUAUCCAUGCGAAUCACGGUGCCCCGAUUUUGGAUUUGCUGACGAAGACUCUGCGCUCCAACAAUGCGGAGGUCGUGCAGCAUGGCGCUGCCCUUGGUCUGGGCGCUGCGGGCAUGGCCACGGAAAAUGAAGAAGUAUACGAGGAGCUGCGGAAUGUGCUGUACACUGACUCGGCUGUGAGUGGCGAGGCGGCUGGCUAUGCGAUGGGCAUGGUAUACCUAGGCACAGGCUCUGCGCAAGCGACCGAAGAGAUGAUGCAGUACGCACAGGAGACGCAACACGAAAAGAUCCUGCGUGGUCUCGCGAUUGGUAUUGCGCUCUUGCAUUAUGGUCGUGAGUCCGCGGCGGAUGCUACGAUCGAUGAGCUGCUAUCACACAAGGAUGCGAUUUUGCGCUACGGUGGUGUGUAUACCAUGGCCCUAGCGUAUGCUGGCACAGGCCACAAUGCUGCUGUGCGUCGUCUCUUACACGUGGCCGUGUCGGAUGGCAGCGACGAUGUGCGUCGUGCCUCUGUGAUUGCGCUAGGCUUUUUGCUAUUCCGCUCACCUGAGCAUAUGCCGGAGAUGGUCCAGCUUCUGAGUGAGAGCUACAACCCACACUUGCGGUACGGUGCUGCGCUUGCUCUUGGUAUUGCUUGCGCUGGUACCGGUCUGGAUGCGGCGUUGGAUCUACUGGAGCCACUUACGAAGGACACGGUCGAUUUCGUGCGUCAGGGUGCCUGCAUUGCCAUGGCCAUGAUCUUGGUCCAGCAGAACAAUGUGCUGAACCCUCGUGGCGAAGCUGCUCGCACGACCUUUGACAAGAUGAUUCAUGAAAAGCACGAAGAGGCGAUGGCCAAGUUUGGUGCCGCGCUGGCGCAGGGUCUGAUUGACGCUGGUGGCCGGAAUGUGACCAUUAGCUUGCAAGGCCGAGGCGGUAGUACCAAUAUGGCAGCCGUGGUGGGUAUGGCCCUCUUUACCCAGUACUGGUACUGGUUCCCCAUGGCGCACUUUGCGUCGCUCGCGUUGACGCCCACGGCGAUUCUUGGUGUGACCAAGUCGCUGGAACUGCCAGCGUGGGACAUUCUUUCGCAUGCUCGUCCCAGCCUGUUUGCGUACCCUCCGCCUGUGCAGACACAGACAGAAAAGAAGCUGGAGAAGGUCGAGACAGCCGUGCUUAGUACGACGGCCAAGGCGCAGGCCCGUCAGCGCACCAAGGCGAAACAAAAAGCUCAAGCCGCCUCGGCAGGCGAGGCGGACAUGGACGUGGAUGCGCCCAAGCCCACAGGAGAGAAAGCUACUACCGAUGAGGCAAACGCGGCAGAGGCUUCCGACAAGGAGAGCGCCAAGGCAGCGGCACCUAGCCACGCCGAUGAGCCAAAGGAGGAGCGCAUUCCCAACGGUUCGCGCGUGACAGUCUUCCAGCUCAAGUACCUCUCGUGCCCCGCUGAGGCACGCUACGUCCCUGUCCGCCCAUGGACCACGUCAUCGAGCUCGCAGGCUGCACCAGAGCCGGCCGCGGCGCGUCAACUGGAUUUGUCAGUGACAGGGGGUCGUGGUGGUAUCGUACUCCUAUUGGACCGCGAACCUACCGCGCCGUUUGUGCCGGCUGUGCCGGAUGACAGUGCGAAUGAUGCGAGUGCGACAGCCACCGCGGAGGAACAUGCGCAGGCAGCGGCUACGUUGGCCUCGACGUCGGAUGACGCGGAUGCGCCUGCCGAGGCUACAGGUGUCGCAUCGUCUGCUUCUGCCCAGGAGCCUGAGGAUGCGCCGAAGCCCGUGGCUGAUGAAGACGUCGAUAUGGACGAGCAGGCCAAAUAG